CAAAUUUCAUAAAGUAAAUAAAUAAAUAAAUUGUUUUUAAGUCAGAGACAGAUCAAAGGUGCAGAGCUUCGAAAUCGAAAAUCAGAAUUCUCCGAUCAACAAUGGCCGUCGAAUUUGGUGGCGCCGGUGGCGGCGGAGUUACGCUAUCGGAGAUGUACCAGAACUCCAGGAAGCUUCUCAUCAGGACAAGAGACGGCCUCGAACGCCUCGAACGUCUUGAGUACUCUUCUUCCACUUCCACUGCCAUCGAUUCCCCUGACCUCUCUUUCUCCGUCAAGAAAGACAUCGCUCAGAUCCAGUCACUCUGCCUCGAUAUGGACCGUCUAUGGCGCUCCGUUGCUGCUAAGUCCCAGCGCGAUCUCUGGAAAAGAAAGGUUGAACAAGUAGCAGAGGAGGCUGAGUCUUUGAAGCAAAGUUUGGACAAGUAUUUUCUAAGAACUCAGAAGAGAAUAAAUGAAGCUAGAGAGAGGGCAGAGUUGAUUGGAAGAGCUAAUGGUGAGUCUUCUCAUGUUUUGAGAAUUUUUGAUGAGGAAGCACAAGCAAUGCAGUCAGUUCGAAAUUCGUCUCGGAUGCUUGAAGAAGCUAGUGCCACUGGAGAGGCCAUACUUUUCAAAUAUUCAGAGCAAAGAGAACGCUUGAAGAGGGCACAAAGGAAAGCACUUGAUGUUCUUAACACAGUGGGGCUGUCCAACACCGUGUUGAAGCUGAUUGAGAGGAGGCAUCGGGUCGACAGAUCGAUCAAGUACGCUGGCAUGUUAUUCACUGUGAUCAUUGUGUUCUUCUUUUGGAGGUGGACAAGGUGAUAUGAUAUAUUAUAGCAACUGAGCUGAGCUGAGAGAGAGAGAGAAAGGAAUGUGAAUUUUGGUGAGGUUGGUCUUAUACUUGUACAUCCUUUCUUUGUUAUUAAUAGCUACAUAUCAUAUAUAGGUGAAUUUUUCUAUAAAUGUAGAAUCAUUAUGGUCCCCAAAAUUGAUGCAAAAAUUUAGACAUUGUUGACCCUUGUUUGUCUAUUAGAAUCUUAAAUGAUAUAUACUGAUCAAUUUGUAAUGACUGAUUUUGGAUAAUGGAUAUAGAGAUACCUCAUGUUCAAAUUA